UGGGAGAAUUCAUAGACGCUGUGCAGGAACUCGACACCAUGGAAGCUGAUCACAGCCAUGAGGCGUCCAGAAAGCAGAAGAAAGAGGGCGGGGCUUGGAUCCGUUACGGCGUCGAAUAUUGCGAUCGACGAACGGGUAGAGCCUCCUACCGCAAGACCAUAUCCCAGGAAGAUUUUGAAGCCCACACCCAAGGCCAAGAUGAAAGCCACGGAACCGGGGAUCCGGCGUUCGAGCUUGUCGCUAAAUACCAAAUAGACUCUUCCAAGACGAAUGAUGGUGGCUCCAACGAUGGUGACGAGGAUCAUUCCGCUCUGCCUCAGACAUGGUCGAGCCCGUCAUACUACCUCCGGAUAUCCUCGGUGGCGAUCGUCAAUUCUUUACGCAGUGUCGUGAAAUACUACCCCAGCCAGGAUCUCACCGGAGACACGCUUAUCAUCAAUUGGCCGUAUCCCGUUCUGGUCCAUCAUUAUGAGGAGCUCACGGCCUUCCGUGACCAAUGUGCUGCCCAGGACCCGACGACACUGUGUGUGCGCAACAGGGACGCAGCCGAGCAUCUGAGCCUCCUGCUGCGCUUCCUGGAUGAGAAUGUAAUGGACGAUGUCAGAGCUGAGAGGGAGCGAAACGAGAAGGGAUUGAGGACGUGGGAGGGCAUCUGGGUGGCUCUCAAGCCGGGGGCUACCGCUCUGAUUCACUUCAUGGAAAAUGACCACCCUGUGCCAGCAGUCAUACACUCGGUUCAGGGUGGGAUUUUCGCAAGCCCUCCAAUCCCUUGGGAAAUAGAGGUUUGGUCGAUGGUGUUUGACGGGAAGUACCUGGGGCGGGUGACGAAAGAUCUGAGAUACGCAAAAUUCAACGGUGAAACGGAGCUAGCAGAAAUUCUCUGCUCCGAGGAAAACUUCGAAAAGUCCAUGGAAGAAAGCCAAGACCCGCAGAUCAUCCAGAUGGUCAAGGAAGGGGAACAAUACUGGAAGUUUCUCAGAAAGCAGUGUCAGUAUUACAAGGGCAAGGCAUGCCAUUUCCCCUUUAGCACGAUUGAUGGCUUGGUCAUGACCGAUCCGGAAGCCUAUUAUAGCGAGUUCGAGGGAAAGCGGCCGUGCUUGAUGGGCGACAAUGACUGCCAGAAAUGGAUCAAUGAUUGCAUCUGCAGUGUCUGCAGGAAAGUGGAAACUGCAGUUACCAGGGAACAUGUGGCUCCGUUUGAGAACAAAAUAACUCUGGAAAGCUGGGAGGAGCUGACGCCUCAUCAAUACUUUCUUUGCCCGAAAGAGAUGCCUGUCUUUGUGUUUCGGACUCGGACCUGGGAGACUGUUCACGUCAGAAACUGCGCGGAACCGAUGUUUGACCGGGAGAUGAUCAACAGUCUGGUGAUGGAUGAGCAGCGCGUCCGCAAUCUCAAAGCACUGGCCAAGAGCUUUGCGCGGAUCGACAAGAACGAGGGUCUAAUUGCUCGAGAGUCAUGGACGGCCGACUUUGUCAAGGGAAAAGGCAAUGGUUUGAUCUUUCUACUCCAUGGCCGACCUGGCGUAGGCAAGACAUGCACGGCAGAAUGCAUUGCCGAAUACACGCGGCGACCUCUGAUGGUGUUGACGUGCAGUGACAUUGGCACGAAGCCAGAGGAGGUGGAGAUGAACCUGACCAAGCACUUCAAGAUGGCUCGCAGCUGGGGAGCAGUGCUUCUGAUCGACGAGGCGGACGUGUUUAUGGAACGGCGCUCUACCGCAGAUCUGACGCGGAACAGUCUAGUUGCCGGCUUCCUGCGAGCACUCGAGUUCUACGAUGGGAUCCUAUUUCUGACGACAAACCGGGUGGGCUCGUUCGACGACGCCUUCAUCUCGCGGAUCCAUAUCCAGUUGUACUACCCCGACUUUACGAACGACCAGCGACAGCAGGUGUGGAAGACGUUCAUGGACAAGCUGCAGCGGGAGAGGGGGGACUGUCUGCGUCUGACCAUCGACGCCAAGGAGUAUAUUCGGGGCGAACGGAUGCGGGCUGUCAAAUGGAACGGGAGAGAGAUUCGCAAUGCCUUUCAAACCGCCGUGGCCCUAGCCGAAUACGACGCGGAGAAGGACGAAGAGGGCAGGGUGAUGGUGACGGACAGCCAUCUGCGCGCGGUGGUGGAACUGUCCAAGGACUUUAAAGACUACCUCAACGAUCUCCAUCACGGCGACGAGGCGAAGCGGGCAGAGAGGAAAUACGAGCGGUUGGAUAGUUAUUCAUAGGGUAAGUUGAUGGUGACGUUA